AUGGUACUCAUCGCCAAACUUCUCACUCUGGCUCUAACUGCUGCCGCUACCCCUAUCCUUCGCCGCAAUGCAAUCACAGUCGAAGACGAUAUAAACCAAAGAAUCGCCCCAGGAAUUUCAGCCCUCGGCAAUGACGUUAGAACUUUCCCUGCUAGUGGUUUGGCGGGAGCUGUGGCUAUCCACGACGAUUUCCAGAAUCUUGUUUAUUCGGUGAAUUAUGCAACCACCGAUACCAACGACGCCGGCUCCUUGGAUGAUGAAACUGGAGCCGCUAUUCUUAACGACGUCCAAGCGGUCAUCGGAAAUCUCCUGAGCAUUUUAACUACCCUAGCAGAUCAAGCAACUUCUUGGUCAAAUGUCCCAGGUGGAGCAGAUCUCGUUCUUAGCGAUCUCCGCUCUCUCCACACGGCCUUCGACAAUUCCGCUGAUGCGUUGAUAACAAACGAACCGGCUUCUCUUAGCGACCAAACCACCUUAGUCAAGACUUACAUUGACAACGCCUUUGCUUCUGCAGAAGAUGCCUACUCCUCCUAG